UCGUGUAACUAAAAAUAUUAUAAAUCUAUAUUUCCUUCAAACAUGGUUGUAGCGAAAAAGUUAAAGCAGAUUAAUGGUAUGGCCAAGGCUGAAAAUCAAGAAAAUUCUAAAUUGAAAAGAAAAAAAGAAAUUAAGGCAGAAGAAACCGAAGAAAUUCUAAAACCCAAAUCUAAAAAAGCAAAAUUAUCCAAAGAAAAGGAGAUAAAAAAAUUAGAAGUUCCUAAAAAAGUUAUACAAAAACAAGAUUCCAGUUCAGAAGAAUCAAGUGACAGUGAAGAAGAAACUAUUCAACCACCUACCAAAACCCCUACAAAAAAUAAUAUAACUACUAAGGAAAAGGAAACAAAAAAAGUGGAAAUUUCUAAAAAAGUUACCCAAAAAGAAGAAUCUAGUUCAGAAGAAUCAAGUGAUAGUGAAGAAAUUAUUCAACCACCUACCAAAACUCCUACAAAAAAUAAUUUAGCUACUAAAGAAAAGGAAACAAAAAAAGUUGAAAUUUCUAAAAAAGUUUCCCAAAAAGAAGAAUCUAGUUCAGAAGAAUCAAGUGAUAGUGAUGAAGUAACUACCAAACCACCUACCAAAACUCCUACAAAAAAUAAUUUAGGAAAUGGGUCUACAAAAACUAAAAAACUUCCAGCUGAAAUAAAACAAAUUGCCUCUAAAGAAGAAGAUUCUGAUGAUGAUGAUGAUGAUUCUGAUGAAGAUAUGGAGGAGGAUGAAAAAAAUAAUAAAAGCAAUAUACCUUCCAAACCAAUUAAACCAUCAACAGAAAUCAAACAAAACGCCCCUAAAGAAGAUGAUUCAGAUGAUGACUCAGAUGAAGAGUCAGAUGAUGAAGAAGACGAGGAAGAAAGUAAUGUUAAAGUCUCCACUAAGCCUAAGCCAACUGAAAAAUCUCAACAAAUUGUGAAAGCAGUGGCUAAAGAAGAGAGCGAUCCAUCUGAUGAUGAGGAGGAGGAAGAUGAUGACGAAGAAGAGGAUGAUGAGGAAGACGAUGAUGAGGAAGAAUCACAAGUCAAAGCAAAACCUAAAACUACAGGUGCUGGUGAUACAAACGCUGUUGCCCAAAUAAAAAGCAUGAACAUCAAAUUUAAAGGAACCACUUUACCAACCUCCAAAACCCAGUUAUUAAAAAAAUUGAAAGAAUGCGGCAUGGAUCUUGAGAAUGUUAUAGUCGAGAACGAUAAUCUGAUCGGGUUUUUAAAUUUCGCCAAUUUGACCGCUUUUGCCCCGCCUAAGCAAGCACAAAGUUUUAAUCAAAAUUCAGGAGGUACAACCUGUUACAAUUGCAAUCAAGUAGGUCAUAUGUCUUUUGAAUGCCCUCAAAAGAAGAGUGGAGGUGGAUCACGACCCGGCGUCACUUGUUACAAUUGCAAUAAAGAAGGACACAUGUCCAAAGACUGCCCAGAUAAAUCUUCAAGAGGUGGUGGUGGAGGAGGAGGAGGUUGUUUCAAAUGUGGCGAAGAAGGCCAUUUCUCAAGGGAAUGCCCUAAUGGAGGAGGGGGUGGCGGUGCUAGAAGAGACGGGCCAAAACCUCCGACCCUUUUCGUUAAAAAUCUUCCCGAAAGUGUGAGCGUUGAUAAAUUGGAUUCUAUUUUCACUGAAGCGAAGGAAUGCAGGAUUCCACAAGUGUUUAAGGGAUUCGCUUUCAUAGAAUUCGAUUCAGAAGAAAAAUUGGAAAAAGCUUUGAGGGAAAAUUCCGGUGCGACAGUUGAUGGAUCAGAGAUUCAUAUUAGCAAAUCGAAUCCCCCAAGUGGAGGAAACAGCAGAGGUGGAGGUUUCACUCCUCGUGGAGGUCGAGGUGGAAGUCGUGGCGGGCCUAGAGGUGGCAGUGGUAGGGGUGGUUUUAACAAAGGUAUGAACGCGAAAAUUGAUCUAUCUCCUUUCCCCGGAUCUAACAAAAAAGUCGUUUUUGAUGAUGAUGAUUAGAUGAAUCAAGAAAACUUUUUUAAUCAAAUAUUUUUAGAUGUUUUUUUGUACAUAUUGUUUAUGUAUCAUAAUUUGUCACAAAAUAAAUAUAUUAUUUAGAACUAUCGGAUAUUUUUUAAAUAGUAUCCCAAUUAUUUAAAUUAUAAAAACAUAUUACCGAC